AUGAAAGACCGCGAGCCAUCCUCGAGACGGGCCAAAUCUACCUCUCAGCCCGGCGACACGAAUCCUCAACGCCGAGUUUUGAAGAAUCCUCAGGCCACGCUAGAUAGCGAUUCAUGUCCAUCGGAUGAUAGUUUCACAAACGAGAUGGCUCGACAUAUCGAAGAAGAGCGCCAGUAUUAUGAGACGAAUCGUGGAAAAUCUAGAAUAAAGCCUUUCCAACCCUCUAAGCGUCCUAUGACAGACGAAGACGAGGAUGAGAAGAGGCCAGAACUGAAAGCUCGAAAAUGGCGUCCUAAAGAAGGACGACCUCCCGAACAUAUGACCCCAGCGGAAGCCGCUCAGCAACGCAAAUAUAACCCCCUGAUCAAAUUGCUGGAUAUCAAAAUCACUAUCGUAGACGCAAAGGAUGGGACUGUGCCUCCGGAAGCCUCUGAUAACGAUUUGCCUCAACGUAUAAACAAAAAGGCUUCCAGACUCAAGGCGCCUGCUCACAGUGGCCCACACAAUCUGGGCGAGCAGGCUACCUCGCUGUCGUCCAAGGACAACUCGCUGUCAUCACGGACUGAUCCCACUCCCCGCAAACGUCCAGCCGCCCAGGAACUGGAUGAUACCCGUCCGACCAAAAGAGACAGACACCAAAAGAUGGCCCUAAGCUAUCCCAGGAUUGAAAUUGACACCAGACCGAAUUUCCCGAUCGAAAAUGCCGAGCAAGACUCCAUCGGCGCCCUUGACUUUGCCGACGGGUUUACCCUGACAGCAAACAUCAACCGCUUCCUGCGUUCUUAUCAACGUGAUGGUGUGAACUUUUUGCUCAGUCAUUAUCAGGCCAGAAAUGGGGCAAUCUUAGCCGAUGACAUGGGCCUUGGGAAGACAAUCCAAGUUAUAUCGUUCUUGGCGGUAAUUAUGGCUAAAACAGGAAAUGUUCAAGAUGUAGGUCGCCGGAGGCAGAAAGUUAACGCCAGUAAGAAGUCGUAUCGGCCUUCUGCAUUGGGUCCGACGUGCCUUGUUAUAUGUCCGAACAGUGUGAUUGACAAUUGGGCCAGAGAAUUAGAAACGGUUGGCAUCCUCAGCAGCACUACAGAUGUUGCUCAUACUCUCAGGCGCUUCAAAGCAGGCGCUUACGACAUCUUAAUUUCCGGCUUCAAUUGUGCAACCAGAAUGAUCGAUGAGAUAUAUGAUCUUGACUUUAGUGUUGUGAUAGUUGAUGAAGCGCAAAGACUGAAAAAUCCAACGACGGCAACCUACCGAGCCUGUCAGAGGUUCAAGACAAAUGUUCGAUUUGGCCUUACUGUAAGAUCAGAUUACUUUGUUCAAAGAGGAUUUACGGUACUGCUAUGCAAAACAAUCUUGCGUGAGUACACAAUUUCGAACCUUGAAGAGUUUCAACACGCUCAAAGCGAUUUUCUGGUCCACACGACAUCUAGCGAACUUCACACCUUAUUUGAUUGGGCCAGGCCAUUUGCCCUUGGCACUUACCAUAUGUGGAAGGCCUUUGUGUCUGACCCAAUUCUCCAUUCCCGAAAGGCCAAUGCGUCUCGGUCUGAAAUCAAACUGGGUAAAGCACGUGCCCUAGCUUUGGUGAACAAUUGUUGGCCCGAUCUUCAAUUAAGGAGAACAAAAGCGGAGAUUUUACACGAGUUACCGUCUAAGAGUGAUCGCAUCGUGUUGUGCCCUAUGACUGCUUCCCAGAGGACUGCCUACAAAAACCUCUUGGCGAGUGACGAUGUGGUCAAUAUGAUGAAACACACUGAACCGUGUCCCUGCGGUCGAAAGAAUACAAAACGUCAACCCUUGCCUCGCGGUAAAUGUUGUGAUCAGGGCUGGUCUAAGAGAAUAUUCCAAAACCUGACGGUCUGCAUGAAAAUUGCGAACCAUCUAGCAUUACUCUAUCCUAACAAAGAAGACCGCACAGAAAAAUACGACCAGGACAGAGAGUUCAUCAAAAAGCUGUUCCCAGGAGACUGGACUCAUAGGAAGCACCACUAUUCCGCUGACGCUGACACUGAAUUAUGUGGGAAAUGGCUAGUCCUUAAACCGCUACUCCAGCAAUGGAAGAAGGAAGGUGCAAAGGUCUUGAUCUUUUCACAGUGGACCAAAAUGAUGGACAUUUUAAGCUACUGGCUCGAGCAAGAUUUUCCUGGAUUUGUUCGUCUCGAUGGAAAAGUUCCGACUGCCGAGCGCAUGGCAAGAGUCGACGAGUUUCAGCGCGAUCCCGACAAAUUUAUAUUUCUUGCCAGUACAUUGGCUGGUGGCGUCGGUCUCAACCUGACUGCGGCAAACAAAGUUGUGAUAUUCGACCCAUCAUGGAAUCCCAGUAGUGAUGCACAAGCAAUGGACCGAGUCUGUCGGAUUGGUCAAAAACGAAGCGUCGAAUGUCUUCGGUUGAUCGCCCUUGGCACAGCGGAAGAACUUAUCUACCAUAGACAAGUUUACAAGACUCACCUUGCGGAAGUAGCGAACACGGCGCGACAACCUGCCAGAAAAUUCAUAGGAGUGCAAGGUGACAAGAAGGACCAAGGGAACAUGUGGGGUGUCAAGAACAUAUUCCGACUUGAACCAGGGAAGAUUGGAGACCAGGACAUUGAUGGGUAG